GAGGACCGCAGCGCUGCGGCUCCGUGCCCGGGCGGAGCGUGCGGCGGGCGGACCGUUCCCCGGCAGCGCCGUUCCGGUGCCGCGGCUCCAUGGACGCCAACCUGCGGUUCUGGCGGGCGGAGGGGCAGUCUUUUUUACAGAGGCUUCUGCUAUGGACGGACGCGUUGGAUCCCCUGCUGCUGUUCAAGUCCUCCGACGAAAUAAGAAGAACCAGGUUAUCCAUACAAAGCACUGGGAAGACCCUAAAUGAACCCAUACAGAAUGCUCAGACAAAACAAGCCUUCCUGCUAAGCCUGUCCAGUGUGCAUCCUGAUACAGACGAUAUAAUUCCUGUUUUGUUUAGACCUCCAGCCUUCCUGCCUAUAUCUCUUCCAUUGGUUAUUGCUUCAUCUCUUCAGCACCAAGCAAGGCACAACUUUUUUUAUCAGUUCUUGUUUCACGUGUACACCACGGGAUUCACCCUCUUCAAUGGAAAUAGAACCCCAAAGGCUGAAGAGUACUCGAUUCAAGAAAAGCAGAUCUUCCUCAGCCUGGGAGCUGUUUCCUAUGCAGCGUGUAUUGGUGCUCUUCCUCUCGUCUUCAUGAAUCGUUACACGCUGAAGAGUCCAUUAACACAUCUAAUCAUCAAAAAAGUCCUACCUGCUCCUCUGCUUGGCUUGAUGACUGCGUUUACUGUGGUGGUGACGAGAAGCCCAGAAUUUGACAAUGGAAUUAAAGUGAUGGACAGAAAUGGCAAGGUUGUAGGAGUGUCGCAGAAGGCUGGUGAGAAGGCUGUUAAAGAAACAGCGAUAUCACGAGCAGUCUUGUUUGGGACAACGUUUUUCCUGCCACCCGUGGUUACGUACCUUGUGGAAAGAGCGAAAAUGGUGAAGACUCCGCGUACUUUGGCUUUAAUGAGAAUGUUUGUGAUUACAUCAGUACUAACAGGGAUGCUGCCGGUCUCACUCAGUAUGUUUCCGCCGUGUGGAGAGAUAAAGCGAGCAGACCUUGAGCCAGAAAUUCUCUCAUCUACAGAAGAAACAGAGUUCUUCUACAACAGGGGAAUUUAGAGAUUGGCUUAAUAUAGGAAAGUGUGCUCUGGUGGAAGUGAAUUCUGAAUGUAUGAACAAAUUCAUCCGGCCUGUGCGCCUGUGUCAUGAAUUUAUGGUGGCAUACAUACAAGACUUGGUGUACAGGGCUGUGGUCUAUGAAGAGGCAGACGUUGCAAAAGGAUACUGCAAGGCCCAGCCCACAGGGAGAUACACACACGACUGGUACCAGGAAGCAGCAUUACACGGUAUUUGUCACAAGCAGCAUCUGGAUGCUUCCUCCUGUGAUUGAUUUCUUAAUUAAAGGAUUAUUGAAUACAAAA